AUGACAGAAGUGGUCGUGCAAAGAGUUCGCACAAGAUACCAUUGGCCACCAUGGCAAUUGAACUUCUGGAUCCUCAUUAUGCUGAUUGGGAGCGGGACGAUACUGGGGAUAAAUGCCUGGUUCGUGACGGUGCAGAAUCAGUUACUUGUUGGGAUUCCUUGGUACUUCCCGUACUGGAUAACAACAUCCGCCCUAGCAAUCCUCUUCAUCCUCGCAAUGCUCUGGCUGAUAUCCCAACGCCAACUCCUACCUGGGAUCGUCAUAAUGGGCUCCUUCAUCUUAUUCGUGCUCUGGAUAGUAGGACUCAUUGUCUUUUCCAUCGAGCUUUGGGGUCCCAACGGGGUGAGCAGUAAUUGUAAUCUAUACGUCGAUGGAUCGAAGAGUUCGGGCGCGAAUGUGAAUACGUUGGCGUGGUUGGAGCAGAGUAGUAUUUGCCAAAGUUGGGAAGCUGCGUGGGCUUUCGAGUUGGUGGGGGUUGUUUUCCUAUUGUGGAUGAUGAUCCUCUCGUACCAGGUCUACCAGAAUAAUUGA